AUGUCUCUUCACGUCCUUUUAUUUCUGUUGUUGCUGUCAUGUCUGUAUCUUAAUCCUGGCAUAUCUCUCUCAACUUUUUAUCUAUCUAUCUAUCUAUCUAUCUAUCUAUCUAUCUAUCUAUCUAUCUAUCUAUCUAUCGUAGUCCUGGCAUAUCUCUCUCAACUUUUUAUCUAUCUAUCUAUCUAUCUAUCUAUCUAUCUAUCUAUCUAUCUAUCUAUCUAUCGUAGUCCUGGCAUAUCUCUCUCAACUUUUUAUCUAUCUAUCUAUCUAUCUAUCUAUCUAUCUAUCUAUCUAUCUAUCGUAGUCCUGGCAUAUCUCUCUCAACUUUUUAUCUAUCUGUCUAUCUAUCGUAGUCCUGGCAUAUCUCUCUCAACUUUUUAUCUAUCUAUCUAUCUAUCUAUCUAUCUAUCUAUCUAUCUAUCUAUCUAUCUAUCUAACUCCUCAUCUAUCUAUCUAUCUAUCGUUUAUCUGGCAUAUCUCUCUCAUCUAUUUAUCGUAGUCUAUAUAUCUCUCAUCUUUCUAUCUAUCUAUCUAUCUAUCUAUCUCUCUAUCUUUCUAUCUAUCCUAUCUAUCUCUCUCAUCUUUUAUCUAUCUAUCUAUCUAUCUAUCGUAUCCUAUCUAUCUAUCUCAUCUACCUAUCUAUCUAUCUAUCUAUCUAUCUAUCGUAGUCCUGGCAUAUCUCUCUCAACUUUUAUCUAUCUAUCUAUCUAUCGUAUCUAUCUAUCUCUCUCAACUUUUCCUGGCUAUCUAUCUAUCUAUCAAUCUAUUAUCUAUCUAUCUAUCUCUAUCGUAGUCCUGGCAUAUCUCUCUCAACUUUUAUCUAUCUAUCUAUCUAUCUAUCUAUCUAUCUAUCUAUCUAUCUAUCUAUCUAUCGUAGUCCUGGCAUAUCUCUCUCAACUUUUUAUCUAUCAUCUAUCUAUCUAUCUAUCUAUCUAUCUAUCUAUCUAUCUAUCUAUCUAUCUAUCUAUCUAUCGUAGUCCUGGCAUAUCUCUCUCAACUUUUUAUCUAUCUAUCUAUCUAUCUAUCUAUCUAUCUAUCUAUCUAUCGUAUCCUAUAUCUCUCAAUCUUUAUCUAGUCCUCUAUCUAUCUAUCUCAUCUAUCUUCUAUCUAUCUAUCUAUCUAUCCUAUUCAUUCUCUCUCAUCUUUUUAUCUAUCUAUCUAUCUAUCUAUCGUAACGUACGCGCCGAAUUCACUCACGGAAAUGCAAUUCUACACAAACUCUGA